CGGGGCUGGCUAUUGCGGAACCACUGACGCCUACUGCGGCACGGGAUGCCAAAACGGGCCGUGCGGUUUUGCAACGACAACUCAACAGUUCUGCUCCAGCUCAUCACCCUGUAACCCGCCGAGCCUAUGCUGCAGCAAGUGGGGCUGGUGCGGCAGCAACGUCUCCUACUGCGGUGACGGAUGCCAGAACGGGCCGUGUUCUGGAGGCAAAGGCAGUGGCUCAGCUUCCUUUCGCCGCAUCACCUACUUCCCCAACUGGAGCGGCAUCGACCCCAGCACCAUCCAAGUGGACCACUUCACUCACAUCGUCUACGCCUUUGCUGCCAUCAGCCCCCUCAACUACACUGUGGUGCCCUCUGAGUGGUGGACAGACGUCUCUGGCGGCCUCUACAGCCGCUUCACGGCAGCCAUCAAGGCCAAAAACCCAGCUGUCAAGCCGAUUCUCUCCAUCGGCGGUGGUGAUGCCGUCAGCGCACCGCGGUUCUCUUAUGCCUCAGCUACUCAAGCACGGCGCACUAAGUUUAUCAACUCGGCGAUUGCUUUAGCCAGGAAGUAUGGUUUUCAGGGGAUUGACAUAGAUUGGGAGACUCCAAAGGGUGUUCCAGCGCGCUUUUCAGCGCUGAUUCAAGAUUUCCGGGCAGCUGUUGAUGCUGAAGCUGCCCGGACAGGUCGGGUGAAGCUCACGCUGUCGGCAGCUGUGCCGGGGUAUACGGGGGAGAUUGAUUCCAGCUUCCAUAUCCCAACACUUAACAAAGUGCUGGACUGGGUGGGAAUCAUGACGUAUGAUAUGCAUGGGGAGUGGGAAGCAGAGACUGGGCAACACACAGCCCUGGAGGACAAGAAAUAUCCAUUAGCAAGUAUUAAGGGGUCUGUGCCAGUUUUUGCUGCCAAGGGAUUGGCUCGAAGUAAGCUGGUGCUGGGUCUGGCGUCAUAUGGUCAUGCGUGGACUCUCAAGAAUGCCGCAAAUCAUGGGGUUGGGGCACCUGCUAAAGGAGGCCCCACUAUGAGCUACAAGGAGAUAGUCACGUUCAUUGCGAAUGGUGCCACAGCUGUGUUUCAUUCCCCGACUUCAUCGAUGUAUGCUUACAAGGGGACGAAGUGGGUCGGUCGGCUCAAAAGUCAAACGCGGUUCCAUCCACCCUUCUCUUCGCCCCUCUCGUCCCUUCCCCUUCUUCUCCUACCCGGCGCCUCUCAUCCUCCUGCCUUGUCCGUCGCUCUCUCUCUUGCAUGCAGCAAGUGGGGCUGGUGUGGAAGCAACUCCUCCUACUGCGGUGCGGGAUGCAAGAACGGGCCGUGCUCUGCUUCCUUCCGCCGCAUCACCUACUUCCCCAACUGGAGCGGCAUCGACCCCAGCACCUUCCAAGUGAACCACUUCACUCACAUCGUCUACGCCUUUGCAGCCAUCAGCCCCCUCAACUACACUGUGGUGCCUUAUGAGUGGUGGACGGACAUCUAUCACGGCCUCUACACCCGCUUCACAGCAGCCAUCAAGGCCAAGAACCCAGCAGUCAAGUCAGUUCUCUCCAUCGGCGGUGGCGAUGCUGUCAGCGCACCGCGGUUCGCUUAUGUUUCGGCUACCAAAGCGCGCCGCACAAAGUUCAUCAACUCAGGGAUUGCGUUGGCGAGAAGGUACGGGUUUCAGGGGAUUGACAUCGACUGGGAGCUUCCAAAGGGGAUGCCGGGCCGGUUUUCAGCUUUGAUUUUGGAUUUUCGGGCAGCAAUUGACGCUGAAGCUGCCCGGACACGUCGUGCGAAGCUCACGCUCUCGGCAGCUGUGACAGGGUAUGCGGGGGAGAUUGAUUCCUGCUACCAGAUAUCGACACUUGACAAAGUGCUAGACUGGGUGGGAAUAAUGGCGUAUGAGUUUCACGGGGAGUGGGACGACGUGACUGCGCAGCACACUGCUCUGGAAGACAAGAAAAACCCACUGUUGAGCAUCAAAGGUGCUGUUGCAGGUUUUAUUGCCAAGGGUUUGUCAAGAAGUAAGCUGGUGCUGGGUCUGGCAUCAUAUGGUCAUGUGUGGACGCUCAAGUCUGCUGCAAGCCAUGGGGUUGGGGCAUCUGCUAAAGGAGGUCCCACUAUGAGCUACAAAGACAUUGUGAAGUUCAUUGCGGGUGGUGCUACAUCUGCAUUUGAUUCGCCAUCCUCGUCGAUGUAUGCUUAUAAAGGGACCAAAUGGGUGGGCAGUUCUGGCAGCAAUGGCAGCAACGGGGACCGCGGCGGCGUUUCUUUCAUCGGCAGCGGGGGAGUCUCGUUCUUCAAGUCUUUAUUCGAUUCGUCUCAGAAAGCAGCUACUAAGACGGUAGUGGUAGAGGAUGGCGACACGCUCUGGGACCUCUCCGUGAAAUUCGGCGUGGAUUGCGAGCAGCUGCAGGCGUUUAACAAGCUGACGUCGGACACUAUUUACUCCGGGGACGUUCUUAAUAUCCCCGUCUCCCCCGCGCGCGUGUCCCUUUCUGAAACGGCGCAAAACUCUGCCGGAAACGCCUCCGCGCGCGUGUCCCUCUCCGCGCCCCCGCUGCUGACCCCCGCGCAAGCAACCACUUCCCCUUCACCCUCUUCCUCCCCCUACGCGCGAGAGUCCCCGCAGCCGUGCUUACGUGUCAGCACUACCGCCACCGCGACCGCGGCCGCCAGCACCGCCAGCACCUCCAACACCGCCGCGGACAGCAGCCCCGAGGGCCUUCGCGACAGCAGCGGGAGCGGCGGGAGUAGCGGGAGCGGCGGGAGCAGCAGCAGCAGCGGGAGCAGCAGUGGGAACGGGGGGAGCAGCGGGAUGGGCGAGAGCAGUGGGAGCGGCGCAAAUGCCUCUACUUCUAGCAAAAAGGAGAUUAAGACCAAGUCAGUCUUAGUCCGCGAUGGCGACACGGCGUGGGACAUCUCCCUGCGCUUCGGGCUCACUCUAGACGAGCUAUUAUCUCUUAACGCGAGCAUUCCCGACCCGCUAUACCCCGGCGACGAGCUAUUGCUGCCUGCAGACGCGGUGGAACGGCCGCGCGCGCUGGUGGCGCUGGCAGGCGUGAAGGCGAAGGUGAAGGGCACGAUGCGCAAUGCAAACUUCUGGGACGUGUUUCCGCCGCCCAGGAACAUCGACGCCUACCGCAAGCGCUACCGCGUGUUGCUGGAUGCGAUGAGAUACGUGGAGACGAGCUUCAUUGAACCCGCCCCUGUGGGGGAUGAUGGGCUGUCCAUCGGCCCCCUGCAGAUCAGCAACGACUAUCACACGGAUGCGUGGUGGCUGGAGCACCGCCCGCCACUGUGUUACGAGGACUGCCAUUGGUCGGUGGAGCACAGCGAGCGCACCGUCAUCAACUACUGGCUGCGCUACUGCCCCUGGUCCCUCGAAUUCCACGACCACGAGACCCUCGCUCGCACGCACAAUGGCGGCCCGGGAUUCUACCGAUACAUCAAAACAGCUACCUACUGGUGUUUUGGUACGAUCUCCAUCCAUAUCCCCUCUCCCCGUCUCCCCUUCUCCCCUUCUCUCUCCCUCUCUUCCUCUCCUGCUUCCCCCUCCGUCCUCUCUCUCCUUCCCUUCCCUUCUCUCAAAACUUCACUCUCUCGAUUGAAAUCUCUCAUCCCGCUGACCGACCUGACUGUUCUUCUGCCCGCCAACAUCGCACUGCUUCGCAACUACACCAAGGACCAGCAGACAACAAUUCUGUCGUACAACACAAUCGCCACGCGCUACCUCUUCCGCAACCUCACCAACAUGCCGGCCGGCACGGAGCUCGACACUCUCGAGGGAAACAUGGUCACGAAGCGCGGCCCCAAGAGCCUGCCGACCGUUACGUUUAAGGGCGCGGCGAAACUACCGAGCGUGCUGGCUGUGCCAAACCUGUGGGUUGGUACGGACUUCACGGUCCAGGGCACGAGCACGCUGCUCAUCCCGCCGGAGCUGCUGACGCCCGAGGCUGACUCCAUCCGCGGUGCGGUCAGAGGAACUCUCCGCGGUACAGUUGGGUUCGCCUUGGAUGGCGCUGGUGCUCUUCUGAGGCCCCAUGUCGCCCGCCCCUAG